UUCCGGGAGCGAAGGGGUUAACGGGGCUCCUCCGCCCAAAAGGAGGGAUCGAGGGAAGGAAGGCAGAGAAAGAGAGAAAGAGAGAAAGAGAGAGAAGAGACCGGGCUCAGGCUCCGGAGGCAACGCGGACCCAGCCUGGGCUGAGACAGUGAGCACCGCUCCGACCCACGGCCAGGAGACCCAGAAGCCACAGCCGUCUGAAAAGGAAGGAUGUUCCACUGUGUGACAUCUUUGGUGACCAGAUGGUGACCAUCUUUGGUGAUCACUGACCAGAUGGAAGCCAACUUCUACACAUUGACAAGAUGGAAGCCAACUUCUAGACACUGACCAGAUGGAAGCCAACUUCUAUACAUUGGCCAAGUGGAAGCCACCUUCUAGAUGUUGACCAGGUGGAAGCCAACUUCUAUACAUAGACCAGGUGGAAGCCAACUUCUAUACAUUGACCAGGUGGAAGCCAACUUCUAUACAUUGACCAGGUGGAAGCCACCUUCUAGAUGUUGACCAGGUGGAAGCCAACUUCUAUAUGUUGACCAGGUGGAAGCCAACUUCUAGAUGUUGACCAGGUGGAAGCCAACUUCUAUACAUUGACAGGUGGAAGCCACCUUCUAGAUGUUGACCAGGUGGAAGCCAACUUCUAUACAUUGACCAGGUGGAAGCCACCUUCUAGAUGUUGACUAGGUGGAAGCCACCUUCUAUACAUUGACCAGGUGGAAGCCACCUUCUAGAUGUUGACUAGGUGGAAGCCAACUUCUAUACAUUGACCAGGUGGAAGCCAACUUCUAUACAUAGACCAGGUGGAAGCCAACUUCUAUACAUUGACCAGGUGGAAGCCACCUUCUAGAUGUUGACAUGAUGGAAGUCAACUUCUAGAUCUUGACCACUUGGAAGCCAACUUUGACUGGAUGAAAGCUAGCUUCUAGACACUGACCAGGUGGAAACUGUCUUUAAGACACAGGUGAUGGAGAUCUUACUGCAUGCCAGAGACUUCCCCAUAAUGGGCUAUGUGGUCCUGUGGACGUACCACCAUAGGCUUCCAUGUUGAGUCGGGAUCCCGUACCUCCUUCCUUUUGGCCUUGUCCUUCUUCCGCCCGACGAUGUGCAACACGACCCUGGCGAGCUGGAGCUGCCAAGUGGACUCGAAGGUGGACCACCUCUUCCCACCGACACUCUAUAUCAUCGUCAUCGCCAUGGGCCUGCCCACCAACUGCAUGGCGCUCUGGGCUGCCUACCUGCAGGUCCGGCAGAAGAACGAGCUGGGCGUCUACCUGAUGAACCUCUCCAUUGCGGACUUGCUGUACAUUGCCACCUUGCCCCUCUGGAUCGACUACUUCCUCCACUACGACAACUGGAUCCACGGGCAGGAGUCCUGCAAGCUCUUUGGCUUCAUCUUCUACACCAACAUCUACAUCAGCAUCGCCUUCCUGUGCUGCAUCUCUGUGGACCGCUACCUGGCUGUGGCGCACCCUCUGCGCUUCGCCAAGUUCCGGCGGGUCAAGACGGCCGCGGCCAUCAGCUUGGUGGUGUGGGCCAUCGAGAUUGGGGCCAACUCUGCCCCGCUCUUCCACGACGAGCUCUUCCACGACCGCUACAACCACACCUUCUGCUUUGAGAAGUACCCCAUGGAGGAGUGGGUGGCCUGGAUGAACCUCUACCGGGUCUUCCUGGGCUUCCUCUUCCCGUGGGUCCUGAUGCUCUUCUCCUACCGGGGGAUCUUGCAGGCUGUGCGGGGCAACGUCUCCACCGAGAAGACGGAGAAGGCCAAGAUCAAGCGCCUCUCGCUCAGCCUGAUUGCCAUCCUGCUCUUCUGCUUCGCCCCGUACCACGUCAUCCUCCUCUCCCGCAGUGCCGUCUACCUGAGCAAGCCCUGCGACUGUGGCUUCGAGGAGAAGAUCUUCGUGGCCUACCACGCCGCCCUGGCCUUCACCAGCCUUAACUGCGUGGCUGACCCCAUCCUCUACUGCUUUGCCAACGAAGGGGCCCGCGGGGACGUGGCCAAGGCCCUGGCCAGUCUGGUCCGCUUCCUCGCCAGCUCCAAGCCCCAGGAGAUGGCCAGUGCCUCCCUCACCUUGGACACCCCACUCUCCUCCAAGAAUAGCUUCACCCGGCAGCCCUCGGCCCUGCAGCUCCCCUCGGAGUCACUUGACGCAACGGGGACCAGGGAGGAGGAGGAGCUCCAGAUGAAGAUCUUGACUUUGAACCCUUGAAGGAGAACAUGGCUUUCCAUUCCAGCAUUCCAUGGGUGACCACACUGGGACAGACAGCCCGUAAACAUAGUGUUGAAAAAAGUAAAGUGAUUAUAUUAUUAAUAUUAUAACAACUUGAGGAAUAAAAUUCCUGUGUGUCAGUAUGUUUCCACUGUAGAAGAAUCCUAA